AAGAAGGACCGGCCUGUGUGGUGCUGCUUAACUGACCCUGGCCCUGGCCCGGGGAAGCCGAUGCAUGUAGCCAGGUGGGGUUGAAUGGUGUAAGCGCUGCUGCUGAGGGGCAGAAGAGCGGCUCAUCUCCCAAUGGCGCUCAGCAGCGAGACAGAGUCGCGAAUCUACCGCUCCCUGCGAGCCGUCUCCGGCGUCACUGCCCACCUCGUCUCGCUUGGAUUCACCAUCUUUGUGGCCAUACUGGCCAGGCCUGGGUCGAGCCUGUUCUCCUGGCACCCCUUCCUGAUGGCGCUUGCGGUAAGUCGUGACAUAGGGCUCUUCUCACCCACCAGCCGCCUGCUCAACUCUGCAACCGGCAGAGGGCGAGUGCGCGUCCACUGGGCCCUGCAGCUGCUGGCCCUGCUCUGCGCCCUGCUGGGCCUGGCCGUCAUCACCUACAACAAGCACCUCAACGGCAAGGCCCACUUCGGCACCUGGCACGGCCUGACGGGCUUGCUGACCGUGCUCUACGCCGGCCUGCAGUGCCUGGGCGGGGCCGCUCUCCUCUACCCCCGGCUGCUGAGGAACUGGACGCUGGCCAAGCUGAAGGUCUACCAUGCCACCUCGGGGCUGGUGGGCUACCUCCUGGGCUGCGCCACGCUGCUGCUGGCCAUGUGCUCCUUGUGGUUUACCACGGCGGUGCCUGGCCUGGCCUGCUCCCUGUGUGCACUCUGCCCCGUCCUCACCAGCCUGGUGAUCAUGAACCAGGUGAUUGACAAAACCUUCUGGUGUGGUCCUUGA